AUGGACACGCGUGUUCGAGGUCAGCCGCCGGUGGCCGCUGUCCAUGUUGCGGUCGCGAGCGCACUCCCAACUCUGAGCAGCGGCUCAACUGACCGCGCGCCGCAGGCGGCGGGAGGGACUCUGUCGGCGCCACGGCACAUGGAGUCCGCGCGCGAUCCCUGGGGGGGGCACGGAGAUGACAUGAGCUGGCAGGCCAGCGGGCAGCAUGUGAGUUGGUCGGCGGGACUGAGUCAUGCUGGGGCAGGCGCCGCGCCGCGGUCCGGCAGUCUCGGAGCCGCGGCUUCCGCCAGCGACCGACAGGGCGGGCUCGUGGAAACGCUAGCCGCACACACGGAGCGCGACCUGAGAGAGUUCACUGGCGAAGGCGGAACUGACGACAGGUUCGCAACUCGUGGCAGGACAGGAAGCUCGGCUUCGCACGGCUUCUCGCAGCAGCAAGCGCACCCGGACCGCCAUGACCGUCGUCGAGGGCGCGCUUCCUACGCCGCCGGGGAGGACAUGGCAGGAAGAGGCGCCCUGAUUUUGGGCCAGAAAGAGAACGCCCCGUGGGGCUUCUUCGGCGUGGCUCCUGUCCAACCCCUAGGGCUCGAACCUAUAAGCUCCGAUAAGACUGCUUCUGCCAGCCGGGCUUCCGCUCGCGAUGAGCCGAACCCUCAUGGGUCUGCGCCGCCGUCAGGCGAUGGAAGCGCAGCGCAUCCCAGAGGGUCUUGCUCUUUUUCGCGCACGUCUUUCUUUUCUGUUCGCGAAAGUCCGUGUUGCUUUCUGUCCUCGACGCGCGCUAGCGUCACCGGGAGCACCGACCCGUUUUUCUCCACGCCGCCCCGCCAGCCCGAGUUCGACUCUGGCUUCGCAGAGCUCUCCCGCCAAGCCGACGCUCGCGGCCGGGGACCUGACUACCUCGAGAUGCCCUCGUGUGGAGGCUCCGAGGCCAGUUCCUGCGCGCCUCCAAGAGACUUUCGGCACUCGUCGCCAGUUCUGUCUGCAGCUCGCCUGUCUGGCGCGGCGGACUGGACUGCUGACUCGCAUCUAGCGAGGACUCCUCGCCGUUGCGCUGCUGACGAACUGGAGCGAGUCGGAACGUCUGGGGGGGGAGAAAGCAGCGUCAGCAGUGCGAGGGUGUUUCUGCCGCACAGGAACCCGGUGGGCAGUGCCCCGGGGGACUUGCCUGUGUCCCCGUAUGCGGGUCAGUGGAGCCUCGGCGCGCACAGCGCAUCCUCGGCUGGAGGCCUUUCCCCUCUGGCAGGCGGACUGUCUUGUUCGGAUCCCCCUGACCCAACAGAGGGGUCGCCUUCGGUGGCUGCGGCGCUGUCGAUCUUUCCUUUUCUGCUCCCGAGUGCUGCUGCGCUGGCGCUAGACGGCCGCCGCACCAGAAGGCUCGCGCGGUCGGGAAGGCCCCUAGGGGGCGGUCGUCCCGCAUCCGCGAAAUCGGCUUCGUCGAGGUACUCCGAGAGCUUUCCGCGCCGUUCCUCGAGCACGCAGAGCGCUUCCGCCGGGCUACCCGCCAGCGAAGCCGCGUGUGUCUCGGUGGGCCUCAGCGUCGCAAGUCCGGCGGUCUCAGGCGGAUCUGAGAAGGCAAGGACUCCAGACGUGGCGCCUGGUGGACCGACGGAGAGCGCCUGGGAGGCCGACCCGCUUGUGCAGGAAGCUCUCUGCAGCUGCCUUGCGGCAGCGGCUCCCGAAGCUGAAGAAAGCGACCUGCGGAGGCUCCAGCAGAACAGCGCCGAACUGGAUCUCCUUCUUCCCCAAAUGCCUCUCGGAGAGCUAUGUGUCCUAGAUACUGCGCCCAGUGCAAACAGCCCGUGCGCGGCAGAGGGCAGCGGGACAGAAAGCGCUGGAAAGGGGCACUGGAGCAUGCGCGGGCGCAGCGAUAGUUGCGGGCAGGGAUCCAGGACAACAAGACGGAUGACUGGGCGCCGCGUCAAAGUCUGUCGAUGCCUGCGGCCCCUGGCGAGCAGCUUGCAGACAAGGUCUCUGUGCGAUUUGUACGAGGAAGAAGCGUUCUUUUUGCCCGAGCAAGAUAUCUUGGAAGUGAAGUUCAACUGGUGGCAGAUGCUCAAGCGGGAGUUUCGCGUCCAGGUCCAGUGGGAGUUGCAGCGUGAGUUGCAGAAGCAGCGAGGCGGGGAGCUUCCGAAGCAGAGUCGCGAGGAGAGACUUCUAAGCCGAUGGUCCUACUGCGUGUCUUCUGUGACAGCGCUUCACGUGCCGAAAGCUCGCCGCAUUCUUCAAGACGGGCCGCUCGCCUUGCACGAUGGCAUGGCCAUAGACGGCGCUGGUGGGAACGCCGACGCCAGAGAUAUGGGCGCGAGCUGCGGGCGGGACGGCUUGGGCGACCUCGACGUCUCUGCUCUUUUGCCAAGAGCUUGCGAGAGUGAGGGCGAAGCAGAAGGCUUCAUGGACUGCUCGACGGACCCCCAAGGGCCAGGGGGCGAAGGCCGCAAAAUACUUAGCCGCCAGAUGCGUCAGCGAGUCUGGACGUGGAUGUGGGAGUGCUCGUCCGGCCUCGGCUUCUGCGUCCCCAGUCGCUUUCUGGGCCUGCAGCUGUUGGACGCGUACGUCGCCCACGAACUCUCUCCCCUCGAUCCCGAGAAAGAAGAUCAAGUGAGUCUCGCUGCGGUGGCGUGUCUCCUCAUCGCGGCGGGCCUGCGCGGUCAUUGGAAAGAUCUCCAGAAAGACGCGUACCUUGCCGCUAUCGUCCGCGGGCUGGACUUCCCCUACUCGAUAGAUGAGGUGAUUCAGACGCAGUACGACAUUCUCCAUCUUCUGCCCUCCGGCAUCAUGCUCAGCAAAACUGUGAUUGACUAUUUCCGCCUCUAUCUCGCGCACCUGAAGGAGCUGCCUAAUCUGCUCCAGCAUCUCGACACCGGGGGGCCCGAACUUCCCGGCGCGGAAGCCAAGUCGUCUUCUGCCGUCUCUUCCUUUCUCCGCCAGAGCUCGACUAGCCUUUUGCCGGAUCUGGCUGCCCGCUGCGACCGCAGGCUGAGUUGUGUCUCGGCUAGCAGGGGUUCUGGCGCUGGUCCCAAGGAGGACAGCGACAGCCGCGGGCUCGCGGGGGAGAUUCUUCAGCACACAGGAGCGUUCUUCACACCGCUUCUUUCCGAGCAGAGUUCACUGGAUACAGCGGGGGCGAGGGCGGGCGAAGGCCACAUGGACUGCCUAGAUUCCUCUCGAGGUCGACAGGACAGCCACCCUGUUGGAGCGAGCGUGGGACUGUCAACAGGCACAGGAGUCUGCGUGAGCAUCAGCAGCGGCGCCUCGUCUCGUUGGAACUCUCCUUUACCGGUGGCGGCAUCAGAGAGCGAGGAGGCCGGCGACGCAACUGAUCAGGGGCUUGUGUCGCUCUUUGAAUUCUGGAAGUGUACAGGGCUUCUUGCGUGCCUCGAGGCGCUCAUCCUCCGAAGCUGUUCAGCUAUCGUCGGCUCGGCGGGGCCCCCUCUGCUUGUCCCGCCGAGCCGCCUUGUUGCGGCUCUUCUGCUGCGGCUCAUCGAGCCCUUCAGCAUGGCGCGACUGGUGGAGAAGAAGACCGAGAGGGACCGGAGAACUCGCGGCCUCCCCCCACAACUCGCGGUAGACCCCGACCCUGUCCUUGGCCGCGGCAGCAUCGCCUCCUGGAGUCGGUUCCUCUGCACCUUUGUUUUUCGCCUGCACUACGACGCCGACAUGGUUUUCUGGAAGGCUGUCCUCGCUCCUGUCAUCGACGGAGUCCUCAGCAUGGAAGACAACCGCUGCUUCUUGGCGCUCUGGGAGGCCGGGAGCGAGGUGUGGGCUAACUUGAUUUCUCGGAGUUGCAUUUUCGAAGAGAACGGCGUUCCGGGAGCACCUGCCGAAGUCGCCGGGGGGGUCCGCGACGUGCGAGCUCCUCAUUCUGGAGAAAGAGAGCUUUCGGAGGGGUGGAGUCGGGUCGCGUCGGAAGCCGCGGUCCCUGCGAGCCACCUCGGUCAGCACUCCCGUGGAGAAACGCUCGCAGACCGCGCGGAAGGGUUCGCUUCUCCGUGGGGGGCUGCUCGCAGGCGACGUUCGCCGGAGAGCGGCUCUUCGGCGGCGGCGCGGACCAGUUUUUCGUGGUCGGCGAGCGAGCCGCGCCGCGUACAGGAGAUGCAGACAGGCGCGAAGGACACCCACGGGCGGGAGAAUGUCACCGGACUUACCAUCCAGGAUCCUUCCGCUGUGCAUGUCGUCGUCCCAGUCGCACCUGCGCAUGCAUCGCAUUACGCAUCACACAUACGCAGAGAGCUGCUUGCUGCGGCGGCUGCAAGGCCGAGCUGGUCUGCUGACCACGGAGAGGCGCCGAGUGCGCGUCCAGGCUCCACGCAUCGCACCCCGGUUGCAGUGUAUGCCGUAACUGCUUUGGGCUUCGACGCGAGCGCCGGAAGUGCGCAAGUCGAAACGGGAGAGUGGACGAAGCAGACAGGCUAUCCCGCGCAAGACACAAUGCAGUGGGAGACGGAUGAAGGAUGCAAGGCGUGGACACCUGUCGGCGCUGCUCCAGGCGCUGCGCGAUUCGCGCCGAGCGCUACUGAUUCCGAAACGCCGCGGAGAGAGGCGGGAAGAGUGCUGGAAGAGAGUGGAGGGGGAGGGCGCCACAGGGGCCCGCGCGAGGCACGUUCUCCGAGUGUUUCGGAGAAACGGCGGCGGUCGGUACGGGACCAGCUCGCGAUGCCCGCAGACCACAAGUUUCAGAAAUUUGGAUCAGACUCCGGACCACCGCAGGCCAGUGUCGCCCGCGGAGAAAUCAUGUAUGCGUCUGCAAAGGAGGGUCAUCCACGGAGCCGCGACCGACAGAAAAGCGGCGGGGAGCGCCACCGAGCGUCGUGGUCCGUCGUCGCGGACACCCAACUUGAGGCUCAGCAGCACAACGACCAGCCUCCCUCGCUGGGAGCGACGAGCGCGGGGCCACACAGCACGGCCAGACGCAGCAGGCUGGACGCAAUCCCUCUUCAGCCGCGGCAAAGCGACACAGAAGCCAUUUCCGCGCUCGCGGGACAGCGCGACCUGCCGCGCAGGAGCACGGCCGAGAGAGAGCAAGACGCACGACGCGCACGCCACUCUUCUACCCCUGCGGACACCUUCAUCUCGGAGCGAGGAACCCGCGCCUCCCCGCGGUCGUCAGCGCCUUCAGUUCGCGUGCAAGCGCCACCGCGAGGCGAGCCCCCAAGCCAGGCGUUCGGAGGCGGGGACUGGCCGUCGGCUCACCCAAGAGGCGUCAGCGCGGAUGGACGCGACUGGGAGCCAGGCCACUGGCAUUCGUCCGCGGCGGCAGCACGGGACGCCGGAUCCUGCGCAGCUGCGCUGCCGUCUCUGCCGCCCCGCUUGCCGCGUGCGAGUGGCGAUGCGCGCUUCGAAGAAUGCAUCCGCCUCUCUGUUGGAUACACCGUUCGGCGGCCGUCGGGCCGCAACGAGACGUCGCCCUCUGUCCCCUCGGAGCCCCCUGUCUGGAGCCUCCCUCAGCAGGACGGGGCUGACGCUGGAGUCUUCUUCCACGCGGAAGGCGCGGCGUGCCCCUCGCCUGUGUUCUUCACGCCUUCUCCACUGAAGGAGCCGCCGACUUUCGGCUGCGCGGCAAAAAGCGUGCCCGACGCGGACUUCUGCCUCGAGACCGACGCAUGGCGAGGCAGUCGGCAGUUUGAGAGAGCCGUCUGGCACACCAUGGAGAGGUGGGACGACGCCGUCAGCCCGCCAGAAGAGGAAGCUGAGCAGGUAUCCGCAGGAGGCAGCCUCGCCAUGAGCGAACGAAUCGCCGCGCCCGGCGAAGCUGCGUGGUCGAUGGGGAUGGGCAGCGUCCGAAGCCUGACAACGGCAUACGUCUGCCACGUGCUUCCUCGUAGCCAUGAACACCCGCCCACUGCGACUGUUCCGGGAGAGCCCAAGCGCCGUCGCCGGCAUCCAGUGACACCUCCAGACGGGAAAGUUGGCAUCCCACUCUACGGGCCUCUUGCGGACAACGCGAGGAGAUCGCGAGGACUCACGAUUCUGCCUAGCGGGGUAGCCUUGAUCGCUGAGAGGCUAAAUUAUAGUCAUCCAGGACAGGAUAAGAAUACGAGCAAGAGAAAUCCAGCAGCCUGGCUCUAG